AUAUCACUGACAAUCCAAAAUCCUAUCCAUGUCCAUCUUCUCUUUGAGCCACUUUCCAUUUUUGCUUCUCUCAUUCCCUUACCAAUCUAUUUAACACUCUCUUCACAAUUUUUCUGUUCAAAGAUCAAAACUUUUUCAAAUUUUUUCUCUGAAAAAAAAAUGAGCUCUGUAAAUCUGAGUUCUUGGAUACAAACCUCAUCGUCAAUCUUCAACCAAGCCUCCAGAUCCAGAUCCAAACCCUAUUAUUCCCACCCAUCUCCCUUCAAACCCUCAAACUUUUCACCUUUACAUUCAAGUCCAAGAAAUUCAAUCUCAGCCAUUGCUUACAAAGAAGACAACAAAACCAUUCAAGAAUUCGAUUUCAAGAAUUACAUGCUUCAAAAAGCUUACUCAAUUAACCAAGCUCUAGACUCAGCUGUCUCACUCCGUGAGCCAGCAAAAAUCCACGAGUCAAUGCGUUACUCACUUUUAGCCGGUGGCAAACGAGUCAGACCAGCCUUAUGUUUAGCUGCAUGUGAACUCGUGGGUGGCAAUGACUCAAUGGCUAUGCCUGCAGCUUGUGCUGUUGAGAUGAUACACACCAUGUCAUUGAUUCAUGAUGAUCUUCCUUGCAUGGAUAACGAUGAUCUUCGUCGCGGAAAGCCCACGAAUCACAUUGUUUUCGGGGAGGAUGUGGCGGUUCUUGCAGGUGAUGCUUUGUUAGCCUUUGCUUUUGAACAUAUUGCUGUGUCAACUUUGCAUGUGUCUGCUGAUAGGGUUGUGAGGGCAGUUUGUGAGUUAGCUAAGGCAAUUGGUGCUGAGGGUUUAGUUGCUGGUCAGGUUGUUGAUAUUUGUUCUGAGGGUUUGGCUGAGGUGGAUUUAGAGAAGCUUGAGUUUAUUCAUGUGCAUAAGACUGCUAAGUUGCUUGAGUGUGCUGUUGUGUUGGGGGGGAUUUUAGGGGGUGGUUGUGAUGAGGAGAUUGAGAGAUUGAGAAAAUAUGCUAGGAGUAUUGGUCUGUUGUUUCAAGUUGUGGAUGAUAUUCUUGAUGUGACUAAAUCUUCCCAAGAAUUGGGGAAGACUGCGGGGAAGGAUUUGGUUGCGGAUAAGGUUACGUAUCCGAAGUUGAUGGGGAUUGAGAAGUCUAUGGAGUUUGCUGAGAAGUUGAAUCAGGAAGCUCAGGAACAGUUGGUUGGUUUUGAUCCUGUGAAAGCUGCUCCUUUGAUUGCUUUGGCUAAGUACAUUGCUUAUCGGCAAAACUGAUGUUUGUUGUUGUAUCAUCAAUUUGUUUUGUUUUUCAAUAUGAAACAUUGUCAUGUUUCUGCUAUAGUUUUACUGAAUCUUAGAUUUGUACCAAAUUAGCAACACAAUUUGAAUGCAAAAUUGUUAACUUA